AUGUCAACAUCAAUUGAAAGCGACCGCGCUGCCUACCUUCUCGACGCGCAAAACAAAGCGGUGCAACUAUUUGAGGAAAUCGAACGAGACCUGAUUCGACCGGGCGUGAGUGAAAAGACACUCAGCACUGAGAUCCACGAGCUGGGAGCUAAACGCCAUGGAGUCCGUACUCACUGGCAUAAACGAGUGGUUCGCAGUGGACCAAACACCCUGAGUCCCUUUGCCGAGAACCCGCCCGAUCGCAUCAUUCAGCCCGACGAUAUCCUGGUGGUGGACCUCGGCCCAGUCUUCGAAGAAUGGGAAGCGGACUUCGGGCGCACAUAUGUUUUGGGAGAUGACCCGGCGAAGCUGAAACUACGCGAUGCGCUGGACCCCAUAUGGCACACGGUCAAGCGACGGUUUCGAGAGAACCCAGAUAUGACGGCGGAAGAAUUGUACGCCAUCGCCUGCCAGGAGGUUCAACAAGCGGGAUGGGAUUUCGGUGCUCCCAUCGCAGGUCACCUGGUGGGUUCUUUUCCGCAUGAGAGAAUUCCGAAUGAUAAAAUCAGUUUGUAUAUCGCACAAGGGAAUGGGGAUAAGAUGAUGGUUCCCGGUCGCGAUGGGCACAUGCGGCACUGGAUCCUGGAGAUCCACAUUCACGAUCGGGCGCGCGGAUUCGGGGGGUUCUGCGAGCAGUUAUUGACGGUGGAUUGA